UUCGGAGUGUUGUUCAAAGAGUGUGUGUUCUGUUUAUUGUGUGAUCCCGAUAUUUGGUCCGGAUCGGAAUUGACUUAAAGUUUGCGGCCGCGAUGUGGUCCGGUAAGAAGUGCUCCGAGGGCGGCAACCCCAGUCCUGCCUCCGAGGAGGAGGUGAAAGUGGUGCUGGUGGGAGACACGCAGUGCGGGAAAACCUCUUUGGUACAAAGGUUCAUCUCCGACACGUUCAUUGAGGCUUACACGCCGACGGGUUUCGAGAAAUACGGUUACACGUGCACAGUAGCCGACUACAGAGUCAACUAUUCCGUUUGGGAUACUUCAGGAACUACAGCAUACGAUACGGUCAGACCGCUGGCAUACCAGGAUGCGAGGAUUUUCAUGCUGUGCUUCAACAUCGCAGAACCAGAAACCUUACACAACGCCGCUGUCAAGUGGUACAGAGAAGUUCGUACUCACGGAGGCUCAGCUCCUGUGGUUCUCUGCGGCUGCAAGGCUGACCUCAGGCACGACAAGGAAACGGUCGCCAUGUUGUCCAAGCUCAAGAUGCAUCCUGUCACCAGCGAAGAGGCACUAACAGUAGCGAGACAACUGGGAGCGACAACGUACGUGGAGACGUCGGCCAGAGCAUCUUCCAAAGGAGUCAAAGAUGCAUUCGAAGUGGCGGCUCUAGCGGCCCUAGGAAAACUCAACAAGCAACAGAAGCAAGUGGGACGCAGCAAAAGCAAGCGCGACUUGAAAGCCGAGCUAAAGGGGAGAGCGAAGAGUUGCUGCGUCAUGUGAUCCGUAGCCGGCCACCCCUCGCGGUGGCCGCACGACUGUUAGACGACCACCGCCCGACCCACCUCCUUUAACCUUCCUAAACAGGACAGAACAUUCUGACCACUUGGAAAAGCAGCGGGCCUAAGAUUGCGCCUUGUGCAACCCCCAAAUCCUGUUCUUCAAGACGCGCGAGUAAUUCCUAAAAAAAAUAAACAAACGAACACGAAGUUAAAACAAAAUGUUAAUGAGACUUUUCAACAAUAUUCAAAUUAAGUGUAAAAUUUAUUCAAGUGCAUUUGGAACUAUAUUUAAAAUUUAUAAUGUAAGAAUGUGAUUAAAAUGGUAUAUGGAUGGUUCCGAAGAUUAUAUUGAGAUCUUCCUAAGAGAUAUCAGUGAAACUAAGGUGCGAUGAAAAAUGACCCCCGGGGUUUCAGCGUAAGCCUGUGAUAAUGUAAAAAUUAGAGAAAACGAAAAACAUAAAGAUGGAUAAAUGUUAUUCGGCAAAUCGAACUAUAGAAAUCAGUGAGGCGC